AAAAAAAAACUGAGGAAGAAGAAACAAACGAGCUUUUUCAAAACAGUCGCGGCACUGCGACUGGUAAUCAAGAUUUGACAUAGCCUAUGAACUACAAUAAACCCGUAUAUCACUGUACUAUUAAUCGCUCAUGUAGCAUUUGUAUUUAGGUCAGUUUGCAGCACACUUUUAUCGCAGUGGAGUCUAUUCGGGAGUCAUGCAGUCUUCAAACAAAUCACCAAACAUCAAUCCCCGCACUGCUGCUCCUCACAACCCCUCCACCAGCGCCUCGCCACGAUACGCCUUCAUAGAUUUCCUGGAUGUGGGCGGCACAAUGACCAUAUCCCAAGAAAUAGCAAAUUUAACAGAGGAUUCGGGGCAGGACCUACCAGAGGAGAAUGUUCAGAUUGGAUCAAUUCAAGGCACGGUUGUUGGUCUGCGCUACUACACUGGAAAGGUCAGUAGAGGAGAGAUGGUGUCCUUGGUGAGGCAGCCGCAAAAUCCCUAUGACCAAAAUGCGGUGAUGGUGACCAAUGUGUAUGGAAGUCAGGUGGGGCACAUCAAGAAAGAGCUGGCAGCUCCGAUGGCCUACGUUAUGGACAACAAUUUGGCCAGGGUGGAAGGGGUUGUGCCCUGUGGAGAGACAAAUAAAUUUUCAAUGCCUGUAAACCUCACCUUCUGGGGCAAAGAGGAGAACCGAGAAGCUGUGCAUAAUCAGAUGAGACGCCAUGGUUUCAAACUUGGCACCGGGUUCAAAGGGUACACAACACAAACAUCUUUGGGUAGAGACCUGCUCGGUUUGUCUUCAAAAAUGUCUGCCAUUCCUUUGACUGUAGAAGAGCUGAAGAAUGCCUUUGACAGGCUAUUUGAUGAUUUAAUGGAGGAUAAAACCAGAGAAAUGGAGCCAGCAGAGGCGGUGUGCACUUCCCUGCUCCCACAUCAGAAGCAGGCGCUCUCGUGGAUGACCUCUCGUGAGAACAGCAAUGAUCUGCCCCCAUUCUGGGAGGAGAAGAGUGGCUUCUACUUUAACGUUCUCACUAACUUUGCUGUAAAGGAAAGGCCAGAGAAAGUGCUUGGUGGGAUUUUGGCUGAUGACAUGGGGCUGGGAAAAACCCUCACCACCAUUGCCUUGAUAGUCUCUAAUUUCCACAAUGGGAAACCUCUACCACUGGAACAAUGUGAAGGAUCAUCUUCAAGUUCCAGAAUGAAAUCAACCUCAAAAGACCAUGAAGAAUCUUAUGAACCAGCGAGUUCAUCCCAUUUGAAAAGACUGCAUGCUGAUGAGGAAGGUGUACCUCAGAAGAAAGCAAAAACCACAAUGAAAACUGCUAAAAAGCCUGCCAACACCAAGAAAGGAGUGGUUCUGCUGGAUGAUGUGGACUUUGCUGCUGCUCUGGAGUGCAGUUCCUCACAGGUUGUGCCUGCGAAAAAGAGUGCAAAGAAGGGUUCUGGCACUGGUAAGGUCCCAUCUGGAGGCGGUGGGGGCUCAGGGGCCAGAGCCACUUUGAUUGUAUGUCCUCUGUCUGUCCUUAGCAAUUGGCUGGACCAGUUUGAGCAACAUAUCAGAGCUGAUGUCACAUUAAAGGUGUACCUGUACUACGGUGCAGAUCGCAAACGAUCUGUCAAACUUCUGUCUGAGCAAGAUGUGGUUCUCACAACAUACAAUGUGCUUUCAUCAGAUUUUGGGAACAAAGCCAGCAGUCCUCUGCACAAAGUGAACUGGCUGAGGGUGGUGCUGGAUGAGGGCCACGUCAUCAGAAACCCUAACGCUCUUCAGAGUAAAGCUAUACUGGAGCUGCAGUCAGAGCGCAGGUGGAUCCUGUCUGGAACCCCCAUUCAGAACUCCCUGAAGGAUCUCUACAUGCUGAUGUCCUUCUUGAAGCUGAAGCCUUUCGAUGUGAAGGAGUGGUGGAACAGAAUCAUUCAGAGACCUGUGACCAUGGGCGACAGAGUUGGACUCCAGAACUUGCAAGUGCUGGUAAAGGGCAUCACACUGAGGCGCACUAAGAACAGUAAAGUGGCCGGGCGCAUGCUGGUGCAGUUACCUGAACGGAGAGUGUUUGUGCAGCAUGUGACUCUCUCUGAGGAAGAAAGGGAGGAGUAUGAACAGGUCAGGAAGGAGGGCAGGAAGAUCGUUGGCAGGUAUUUCGAAGAGGGAACCAUCAUGACAAACUAUGCUGAUGUGCUGGCCAUCCUGGUUCGUCUAAGGCAGUACUGCUGUCACCCCAGUCUCUUGGGCAAAUACACAGGGGCAGAUGAUCCUGGGACCCCUAGUGAGCUGCGGGAGCGUCUCAUCAAUAAGAUCACAUUGGUGCUGAACUCUGGCUCAGACGAGGAGUGCGCCAUCUGUCUAGACUCCCUACGUCAGCCUGUUAUCACCUACUGUGCUCAUGUGUACUGCAGGCCCUGCAUCUGUGAGGUCAUCCGAUCAGAGAAGGAGCAGGCCAGAUGCCCCCUGUGUCGUGCUCAGAUCAAGACCAAAGAGCUGGUGGAGUAUCCUGGAGAAGAAAUGCAGGCUGGAGCAGCCACUGGGGAGAACUGGCGAUCAAGUUCCAAAGUGGAUGCUUUGAUGAGCAACCUGUUGAAGCUCCGCAAUGAAGACCCCACUGUGAAGAGUCUUGUGGUUUCUCAGUUUACCAGGUUUAUGGAUCUUAUAGAGGUUCCCUUGAGGGAAUAUGGAUUCUCUUUCACACGACUGGAUGGCUCUAUGGCUCAGAAGACCAGAGCAAAGGCCAUUCAGGAUUUUCAAGACUCCUCUCCAGGACAUCCCACCAUCAUGUUACUGUCGCUCAAAGCUGGAGGCGUUGGCCUUAAUCUGACCGCUGCUUCCCACGUCUUCAUGAUGGAUCCAGCCUGGAAUCCUGCAGCAGAGGAUCAGUGUUUUGACAGAUGUCAUAGACUGGGCCAGAGCAGAGAUGUGGUGAUCACUAAGAAGAAAGGUUUGGAACGACAUGUGGGUGAGUAAAUGAUGACAAUUUUCGUAUUUGGGGUGAAUCUUACCCUUAAGAACUAGUUAAACAAUUGUAUUAAAGGGACAGUUCAGUGGUGGUUUACUUCUGCUUUUGGUAACCAUGAACUUUAUUGUCAAAAGAGACAUUUCUCAAAAUAUCUUUGGUGUUCUGAAGUGACAACAGGAUUUUAAUUUUUGGGUCGACUAGCCAUUUAAAUAUUUUUGAGUUAUAUACGAUUCAAAAUGAACCAAGAACCAUUAAUUACAUUUGUGAGACCCCAGUGUAACUGUCAUUAAACCAAAACUGACUGAAAUUCAUUAGUGUUUUCAUCUAAAGUUGCAAAUUUAACUUUUUUAAAAAUUUGAAUAUUGGAUAAAACAUUUGCGAAUAAAGCACUGUUUUCAUCUUGUGACGGUUUGGUCUUGAACACACAAGUUAUUAAUAGUUUUGCAAAAAUAUUAGUACAAGGCACAUUCACAACAGUUCUGUUGUAAAUAAAUGAUAUUGUAAUAAAAACUCAUGUUGUCUAGUAUACUGAGGGUGAAUGGACUGAAAGAACUUUUUCAAACUGUCACUCAGUUUUAGCCUUAAUUUUAAUCAGACACAAAUAUUUGGUCACACUUUAUUUUAAUGUCCAAUUCUCGCUAUUAACAUACCAUUAACUAACUUUUGUCUCAAACUCUUAAUUUGCUGCUGUUAUUCAUAGUAAGAUAGUUGAGUUUAGUUAUGUAGAAUAUGGUCAUGCAGAAUAUGUGCUUUAUAAGUAUUAAUAAACAGUCAAUACGUUAAUAAUAGGCAUGCUAAUAAACAACUAGUUAAGAGUGAGAAUUGGUCUCUAUACUUAACUGAAUAUUGUCACAAAAGAGUGACGUACUUUGGCGCAUAAAAUUAUUGUUGGAUUAUAGUGGUUGGCCUUUCAAGACAGGAAGUUCACAACUGAUGACUCUU